CCGUGUAUAUCUUUUGUUGAAUCCGUGUUGGGGAAGUAGAAGUAUUGACAAGUAUGGACAAACUGCUAAGCGUCGGGACUAAGAUCGUCGCCGUCGGCCGUAAUUACGCCGCUCAUGCAAAGGAACUCGGGAACGCCGUCCCUAAGGAGCCGGUAUUGUUUUUGAAGCCUACAUCCUCCUACUUGGAAAAUGGGGGAACGAUCGAAGUUCCGCAUCCAUUGGAAUCGCUGGAUCACGAGGUGGAGCUGGCGGUCGUUAUUAGCAAAAAGGCUCGCGAUGUUCCUGAAGCUUCUGCCAUGAAUUACAUCGGAGGUUAUGCACUUGCACUGGAUAUGACUGCAAGGGAAAUCCAGGCUUCUGCAAAGUCUGCAGGUCUUCCCUGGACUGUUGCUAAAGGACAGGACACUUUCACACCUAUCAGCUCCAUUCUGUCUUUGUCAAGGGUGCCAGAUCCUCAUAGCUUGGAAUUGUGGUUAAAGGUUGAUGGAGAAAUAAGACAAAAAGGGUCAACAGAAGAUAUGAUAUUUAAGAUCCCGUUUCUGAUUAGUCACAUUAGUUCUAUUAUGACACUUCUUGAAGGGGAUGUCAUACUUACAGGAACACCAAAAGGUGUUGGCCCAGUCAAAGUUGGUCAAAAGAUAGAAGCUGGCAUAACAGGCAUAUUGGAUGUGCACUUUGAUGUUGGAAGGCGUCAAAAGACCAUAUAAGUUGAAACAAGUUUGUAGUGCAUAUGCCAUUUCCCUAACUUUCAAACAGACACUUCUAUUGUGCUUGUAGCAUUCUACAUUUAGAUGAUGAUGAUGAUGGCUUGAGAAUAAACAUCUACUUGGCUUUAAACCAGUUUCAUGCCAAAUUUUGUUUGUUUGUCUUUAAUUGGUGGUUCCAAACAGAACUUGUGCUUUCAUGUGGUUUUUUUAUACGCAUACAUCAAGAAAUAAGGU